AUGAGCAAUGAACUGCUUCUAGUUUAUUACAAUGGAAAUUGGACCACUGAGAUAAAGUAUGAGGGAUACGAGGUUUGUGGCUUUCAUCACAAAGAAACAGAGACCUUUGAUGAAUUAGUUGAAGGACCGGGUGAUGCGCGUAACGAACGUGACGCACGAAUAGGCAGUGCAGACGAGCUGAUGCGGGCGCGUGCGGGACAGGAUGUUGGGAACGGGAACGUCGGGUCGCGCAGGUCACGAGCAGAGGCGUGCAGGGACAACGUGCUGGUGAUGUGCGGAGGAGCUGGGCGUCGCGAUCGUCGCUGGGACCUUCGAGUGUUGCUCGUCUGCGUGCGGUAG